AUGUCGGACAUGCAACCCAGUAGAUCCACAUUGAGGUGCCUACUUCCGGACUCGAGCUCCCUUGUGAAGCUUCCUUCUUCUUCAUUUGAUACACAGCCUUUUAUCUGCCCGUGGGUUUCCCAUGAACUCUUAUUUUUUUGUCCGAUCUCUAAGUUUCCACCUUGA